CUCCGGCGCUCUCCCUGCUCUCCUCUGCGGCUCUCCGCCGCUCUCCCUGCGCUCCACCGCCGCCGCCGCCCGCACCGAGGACACCGUCCCGGCUCCACUGCGCCGCCGGCCCAGGGGAACUCUGCAGCCCGCCGCCUCCCGCCCGUCCGAGCGCCGAGGCCACCUGCCUGCUCACCGAUGGAGCUGGACCACAUGACAAGCGGCGGCCUCCACGCCUACCCCGGGCCGCGGGGCGGGCCGGCCGCCAAGCCCAAUGUGAUCCUGCAGAUCGGUAAGUGCCGGGCCGAGAUGCUGGAGCACGUGCGGAGGACCCACCGGCACCUGCUGACCGAGGUGUCCAAGCAGGUGGAGCGGGAGCUGAAGGGGCUACACCGCUCGGUGGGCAAGCUGGAGAGCAACCUGGACGGCUACGUGCCCACCGGCGACUCGCAGCGCUGGAAGAAGUCCAUCAAGGCCUGCCUGUGCCGGUGCCAGGAGACCAUCGCCAACCUGGAGCGCUGGGUCAAGCGGGAGAUGCACGUGUGGCGGGAGGUCUUCUACCGGCUGGAGCGGUGGGCCGACCGCCUGGAGUCCAUGGGCGGCAAGUACCCCGUGGGCAGCGAGCCGGCCCGCCACACCGUGUCCGUGGGUGUCGGGGGUCCGGGUGGCUACUGCCACGAGGCGGAUGCCUAUGACUACACGGUCAGCCCCUACGCCAUCACCCCGCCCCCGGCUGCCGGCGAACUGCCCGGGCAGGAGCCCAUAGAGGCCCAGCAGUACCCGCCCUGGGGGUCCGGCGAGGACGGGCAGCCCAGCCCCGGCGUGGACACGCAGAUCUUCGAGGACCCGAGGGAGUUCCUCAGCCACCUGGAGGAGUACUUGCGACAGGUGGGCGGCUCCGAGGAGUACUGGCUGUCCCAAAUCCAGAACCACAUGAACGGGCCGGCCAAGAAGUGGUGGGAGUUCAAGCAGGGCUCCGUGAAGAACUGGGUGGAGUUCAAGAAGGAGUUCCUGCAGUACAGCGAGGGCACGCUGUCCCGGGAGGCCAUCCAGCGCGAGCUGGACCUGCCGCAGAAGCAGGGGGAGCCACUGGACCAGUUCCUGUGGCGCAAGAGGGACCUCUACCAGACGCUGCAUGUGGACGCCGAGGAGGAGGAGAUCAUCCAGUACGUGGUGGGCACCCUGCAGCCCAAGCUGAAGCGCUUCCUGCGCCACCCGCUGCCCAAGACCCUGGAGCAGCUCAUCCAGAGGGGCAAGGAGGUGCAGGACGGCCUGGAGCAGGCGUCCGAGCCCGCCGGCCCCCAGCUGCCUGUCGACGAGGAGGCCGAGACCCUCACGCCGGCCCUCACCAGCGAGUCUGUGGCCAGCGACCGGACCCAGCCCGAGUAGAGGGCGGCCCGGGCCCCGGCCCGCCCGCCACACCUGCCCGUGGCCUUUGCCAGCCAGGACUGCCCAGCUGCGCUGACUCCCGCACGGGGGAGCCCUCGGCCCCUCUGGCUGGGCGCCCCAUCUCUGCCUCCCCGCCGAACUCACACAGAUACGCGUCAUCCAGAUGUGGGCAGUCCCCCCCAAACAGCGAAGGAGCCCCUCUGUCCUGCAGGGCCCCUGCCCUGUCACCCUCCUCCUGUCUGUCUUUCCCGGCCCCUGACCGCACCCUGCACACUCUCAGGCCAUGACCUGACCUCCAGGCUUCGAUAUCCCACUCUGCGCCUAGGCCCCCGGGGCACUCAGACAUCAGUGUCCGGACAGUACAGGCCAGUGAGCACCAAGCUCAAGGGACACCCCAGAACGGAAGCGAAGACAGGCUAGUGCCGCGGGAACCCUGGCUUCGGCGCCGCGCCGCCUUCUGACAGUUGCUGCGCAGCCGGCUGGCACCCGUGUCACCGCCCCGGGCAGCCGGCCAGCCUCAGGCAGCGAGGCUCCCUCCCCCUGGAGGAAAGCUGAGGCCAAAGACGCAGCAGCGGCAGCAGCAGCAGCAGCAGACCUGGCGUCCUGGUGCCUCCUGGCCCCUCAGCACCAGUGAUUCACGCCAGCCUGGAAAAGCAUCGUGGGCUCGAUGACUCACCCACAGCAGGCGGAGGGUCCCACGGGGCCCGAGGCCUCACACUUGGCUGAGGAGCCAGGAGAGUUGGCGACAGGUCCCAAGGCUCCCACAGGGCCCCUGCUGCCUGCUUGGCACAGCCCUGCGCUCUCCUCCCGCGAGCCGCCUGCGCCCGAGGAGACGCCGAGGUCAGCGAGCGGGGCUGCAGAGAGGACAGCACGGCGGAGAGCUGGAGGUGCAGACGGGCCAGCGUGAGGGCCGGGCCCUGCCGUGAGGCCUGCCCCGCUGGCCACCAGCUGCCCGCCCGGGUCCGCUGUGGCUGGAGGCAGGGUCUGCUCCAUCGGGCCCUGCCUCGCUCCAGCCCAGGAACGCCCGCCGCCGCACUGCCCGGUGGCCGUCCUCUCCUACCAGAGCUUUCCAGGAGCUCUGACGCCGCAGCCGCAGCCCCUGCUCCGGCCCGCAGCCCCAGGCCCAGCCCCACAAGGUCCCAGAAGCCUUUGCAGCCGGGGCUGAAGCGGGCUCUCUGCCAGGCCCCGCCGCGGCCCGGGCCCAGACCCCCACCUCUCAAGACACCAGCACCCGGUGCUGACCAGCCACUCACGCCUGCAGCCCCAACAGGCCCUGGCUGGGGGUUCUGCUUUCCGCCUGUCCAGCGAGGGUUCCCAGGUUCAGAAGACUGAUGUCUGCAAGUGACUCUGUCAGCCCGCCACCCCGCACCCCUGCCAGCCUCCCCAGACUUUAUUUUUGCACAUGAGCCAUAGUCUAUACUCGUGAGCUGGCGUGGGCUGCAGCGAGGCACCCGGGGUCCUCAAGAGGGUGUGGCCAGCCCUCCCUGUCCCCAGUGGAUCAGGCCUGGAUGUCAGGCCAAGCCGUGUGCACACCCCCCCCCCCCCCGUCGCCUUACCUGAAGACAGACUUUUGUAAGCUUUCGUUAAUAAAACACUGAAACUUCUUGGUG